AUGAGGGACGACCAGUCAUGGAGUCAUGAAGGAAAACUCUUCGGGGUCGGCGACCAGCUGGAAGGCCAAUCGGAACUACAUCCAAAGGUCAUCCAGUCGAGGCCCGUUAGAGGGUGCUCCACUGCCCCGCUCCGUUCCCACAGCAACAGGCCUUCCACUUCUUGCAGCGGUGGUAUGCGGGUGACCUUUCCCGAUGGGAUUGCCGGUCCUUCUUCGGCACCUCUGCAAAUGGAAGAAGCAGCCUGGUCUGAUUAUUCCGGUCUCAGGGGCGACAUUCACUUAGCCUCUUUGUACCAGUACCACCUUAAAGGUCACGCGAGGAGAAAGAACCGCGACUCUCUUGUUCCAAUGAAAUGUCGUUCCACGGAAUUUAUUUAA